AAAAAAGUACAAAUAAAUGUACCAAGAUUUUUUUUUUAAAAUAAAAAUAAAAAGUCUUCCUCUAACAACCCCUCACCCUCUUUGUGACAGAACACCACGUCACCCUAACACCCUGCCUACUAACAUAAGUAAAAUAAAUUAAAAACUAAUCAAAUGGAUUUAACCGUCAGGAAUAAAACAAUGUUCUUAGAUAAAUACAAUCAAAAAUAUCUCAAAAAUCUGAGUUUUAUUGUGAAGAUCUCUGGCCGGAUGUCGUAUAUUUCCGCUGACUCGACACUGCUCGUGUUUUCUCGGCACAGAUUCAGAACCAGCGUGGAACCGAUGAACCCGAGUGACGAACCGGUGUGUAACCUGUGGGGCUGACGGGCUCAUCAUGGAGAACCAGUGAGGAGCCGCGGGGAGGACUGGAGGCGGCGGUGGGCCUCGACCAGUUUGGAAUGACGGUGUUUUUAGGAGAGCGACCUGCGCAUCAUGUGGGCAGACGUACACCAGCUGUAACGAAGCGUGCUGGGCGGGGCUCCCGGCGGAGCUGUCCGGCCGCGUGGUGCUGAAACUGCCCAGCAGAAAACAUCUGUCACUGUGUAGGAGGAGGAGGAGGAAGUAUUCACAUCCAUUACUCAAAUCCUCAGACGGAGUCAACAUGUGGCAGAACAUGUUUCUGCUGCUGCUCCACAGUGUGGAAGCUGCAGUGGCGUCUCAGUGCUGGCAGGGGGCGACCUUCUCUGAGGCGGUGGUGUCUCCGGCGGUGGAGAGCAGCGGUAUCAUGCGGGUACCAGGUGUGGCGUCUCUGCCGCAGUGCGUGGCGGCGUGCUGCGACCUGCCUGAUUAUGACCUGGCCUGGCUGUUCGAAGGCCGCUGCUACAUCCUGAACUGCCAGCAGAGGGAGAACUGUCGGCCCCGAGAGCGACCCGGGGCCGACUCCGUCCUCGCCUUUCUGCGUAGAGCGUCACCGCAGACGCUGGUGCUGCAGUCUCUGGUGAGAGGGGAGCCCUACAGUGGCCGCUGGAGGCCCCUCUCCAGGUCCUCUGAGGCCCCGGGGGACCUGGAGGCCCUGAAGGACCUGGCCCUGUUCAGCGGGCCCCGGCAAGACUUCCCUGACCCCGGCAUGCAGGAUGUGGAAUACUCAGAGGGAAGCCAGGAGGAGAGAGGAGGGCCCGGUUCAGAGGUGGACGUGACAGAGCAGCCGUCCUUGAAAGGAGGAGACGGGUUCAACCAAUCAGAGGCGUUGGACAGUCCAGAGAGGGAAGCCGCCGUGGCCCAGAAUAGAGGCUCCUCUGGGGGGAACAUCAGUGGUGGAGACGAGGACAAAACCAGGAGACCGACGGCAGAUCCUGCUGCUGCAGAGAGAACAACUAAAACCGAGAGCAGCACCGAUCCGACACCGACGACACCGCCAGUACCACAGAAACCAACAAGUGACUCUACACAACACGACCAUAUAAGGACAUUACUUACCACACCUGCCACUCCUCAUCAGCCCAUCAGCACUUCAAUACAGCCAGCUUCAGACUCAGAAGCUCACCUCCUUCCUUCACCUGCAGAUCAACCCCUGAUGGUGUCCCUGGGAAACCCUGCAGCGGCAACACUACCCACUGUUAAACCUGAAGCUUCAGUUUCUCCUAAACCUGCAACUGACAUGUUGAAGAUGUUCCAGUCAGCAGCCGGAGCUCCACCAGCGUCCAGCCACCCUCCAGCCAGAGCCAUGACCUCUGACCCCUCCACCACCUCGACUCCCAGCACCGACCCUCCAACCACGACUGAGCCCUCUGUUACGACCGCUGCAGAGUCUGUAUCAGAGGUCACGGGGUCAAACCGUGGCCCGCUGGCCGUCGUUGGUCCUGACAGGAAGUUGUUUCUCCCUGUCAGCGGCUUGUUGCUCAACGGCAGCGGAAGCACCGACGACCGCGGCAUCGUCAGCUACCACUGGGAUGCCGUCAGUGGUCCUCCAGGGUUAAAGCUGGAGGGAGUGGACCAGGCGGUUGCCACGGCGACAGGUCUCCGGGUUGGACGCUACACCUUCAGACUGACUGUGUGUGACCAGGAGGGGGCGACAGACAGCGCCGCACUGACGGUCCGGGUCCAGGAAGCCAGAAGUCUUCUUCCCGUCGCUCACGCCAGCGGCAGCCACACUCUCACUCUGCCCAACAACUCUCUGGUCCUCAGAGGCUCCGUGACGGACGGAGACCAGACGGAGGUCCACUACCUGUGGGUCCGAGACAGCCAGAGUCCUGCUGCUGGGGACGUGCUGUACAGCUCAGACACUCAGGCCUCUCUGUACCUGGCCAACCUGGUCGAAGGGACCUACCUGUUCCAGCUGAGGGUGACCGACGCUCAGGCCCGCUCGAGCAGCGCCACGGCCACCGUGGAGGUCCGACCAGAGCCUGGCGGUGGAGAGGAGGUGGAGCUGGAGAUGUUGGUGUCGGUGUCUCAGGUCAGCGUGGCUCAGAGGGACACGGUGGUCCGACAGCUCGCCGCUCUGCUCCACGUGCUCGACAGCGACAUCCAGGUCCGAGCGCUGCAGGGCCACUCCCACCUCAGCACGGUGUUGCGGUUCUCUGUUCGAGGCCCGUCUGGCCCGAUUUUUUCCGGCUCCCGGCUGGUGGGUCUGCUGAGAAACCAGCUGCUCAGAGAGAAGAGCGACUACCUUCUGUUCAGAGUCCUGAGAGUCGACACCGUCUUGUGCCUGCUGCGCUGUUCGGGGCGUGGCCAGUGUGAUCCAAUCAGCAAGGAGUGCACCUGCGACCCCUUCUGGACGGAGAACCUGAUUCGUCGUUACCUCGGCGACGGAGAGAGCAACUGUGAGUGGAGGGUGCUGUACGUCAUCCUGACCAGCUUCAUGCUCAUGGUGUUCAUCCUGUCUGUCAGCUGGACCUUCAUCUGCUGCUGCAGGAGGAGGAGACAGACGAAGGUGAGGAAGAAGACCAAGUACACCAUCCUGGACAACAUGGACGAGCAGGAGCGGGUGGAGCUGCGACCCAAAUUCAGUAUCAAACAUCGCAGCACAGAGCACAACUCCAGCCUGAUGAUGUCAGAGUCCGAGCUGGACAGCGACCAGGACACCAUCUUCAGUCGGGACCGACCCGUCCGCAGCAGGAACCGGCUCAGCGCCCAGGCCAUCCGCAACGGAAACGCCUUCGGCUGAGAGGACGCCUCGCCUCCUGCCGACAUGGACCAGACUCAGCGGGAGCUUUUGCUCUCUGGCUGCGAGAGAUUAACUUCUUAACGUUUAAAGAACUUCAUUACCCAGAAAUCCUGUGAUGUGAGGUCAGUAAAUGAACCAGUGUCCCAUCUCAGGGUCAAUCUCCUUCGAAGGAUUUAAAGUCCAGAGAAACCUGUGACUUCUGACACAGGAUGAGGUCGGGACAACCUGGAGGACCCGAGAUGAGACAUUCAGGACUGAAUCAGACUGAUAAAGGACGUAAAGAGGAAUCUGACAUCAUCUUCCCCACAGCUGGAUGAGAAGAUGGACGAAGCAUCACUGUGCGUCUGGUACAGAGAACGAUCCAGGAUGGGAUUAGCUUAGCCUAGCACAAAGACUCGAUGCAAAGGGGAACUGCUAGCCUCACCCCAACAAAAGAACACAAAAAUCCACCUUCCAAAACUCAAAGUCUGUCUGAUUUACAUGUUGUAGCUUGUUAGCUAACAAGCUAGCCACCAGGGGUAAUGACCUAGAAGCUAACGCAAAGCUAACGCCAACAAAAAUUCCCAAACCCCUAAAACAGUGGUGUCAAACUGAUCCAGUAAAGGGCCAUGUGGCUGCAGGUUUUCAUUCCAACCAAGCAAGAACACACCUGAUCAGGUGUGUUCUUGCUUGGUUGGAAUGAAAACAGGUGUGUUCUUGCUUGGUUGGGAUGAAAACCUGCAGCCACAUGGCCCUUUACUGGGUCAGUUUGACACAUGUGCCCUAAAACUUCAACUGGACUGAGAAUUUAACUUUGUAAUUUAAAAAUUCUUGGCCUGGAAGCUAACUGGAAGCUAACUGGAAGCUAACUGGAAGCUCCCUUUUGUCCAUUUCGGGACACAUUUAGCGUAGCUUAACAGAAAGACUGGCACUGCUAGCCUAGCAGUCUGAUUAGCAUGUCAUGGCUAAUUUAGCAAUACACAUUUUAAAAUGAGAAAUUCUGGUUUUAGCAGCUGUUAGCAGUGAAGCUACUUGUCAACAAAAUUGACUUGACUGUUAAUGGAGACACAACAUGUAAAUCUGAUCAGAGAUCAGGCGGCCGUCACUCCAGAGCUCAUUAACACCCAAAACAUAUUUUUAAUAUCCUGAACACCAAAUUUAUUAACUUGUGUGAAGAAAGAAAAAAAAGAAACUUGUCACAAGGUUAAAUAUUACAACUUCCUCUUUAAUUUUCAUUAGCAUCUACAGUCAGGAUACAAAAUGUAUGUUUCUUUAUCUAUCAACUAUGAAGACAACAUUAUAUUACAAUUAAGACGAAUUUCACUUAACAUUAGAAACACAAUCUGCAGUACAAACUCAACAGGAACUCUCAGUACUCAACAACAGUGGAUGGCAGUAAUCGAUUACUUUGCUAUUUACUGUAUCGGCUCAAAUGUAGAACCUUCUGUUUGAUCCGGUUCCUGCAGGAGGGGACGUGACUCCUGGUUCUCAUACGUUCACAUCAGAGUUGCUUGAUUUGUGAGUCAACUGGAUAAAAGCCUGAAGCACUUUUAAGUUUUCUGAAGCUGGUUUAAAAUAUCUGAACAGGAACUUUAUUCACUGUUUUGGAUGAAACUGGAUGAUAUUUUAUGCCUCAGCUCUGGACAGCGCUCGUUUUAAACCAGCUCUGGAACCUUAGAUCAUGGCUCCCGUCUGAUGAGUCAAAUCAAGCUAAAGACUAAGACUCUGCUGCACCUGUAACCACACCCCCUCAGUGAUGUCACUGCAGGUGAGAAGUUAAACCAACCGAGAUCUUCAGGGGUGAUUUAGUUAUUCUGUAAUCAUAAUUAAUAACACUGUUGUUCAACACUAAGAUUUUAUGGCACUUUACUUUCAGGUAAGAGAAAAGCUUUGUGUGUUUCAGCUUCUGUCAGAUUAAAAUCUACAUGGUAAUAAAAAACAACUUCACUACAAUAA